AGUAUUUAGAUGUGUAAGUACCAGCACUGUUACUAUAUGAUAACACUAGACUUUGGUCAACGAGUGUCUGGAACUGCUUUGACAAAGAUCACAGGUAGUGAUGGAAACCUCAGUGCUAGCUGGUCCCCAUCGGUUGGAGUGUCACUUAAGUCUGGAAGUAGAAGCCAAUCUUGAUGACAUAUGGAUCGUAAACAAGAGAUUAUAGUACCAGCUUUACAAUGGUUGGGAGAGUACCCCAUGAGAAUGGGACAGAACAAUGAAGCAGAAAAUGUUCUUUCUGAAGCUGUCGAUAUUCGAGAAACAUCUCUCGGUCAAAAUCACCCCACAAAAAUUGAUUCAUUGAUUUUAUGGUCACGUUGUCUUAUGAAUAUCGCUGACUACGCACGUGCUGAGCGUACGGCACUGGAAGCUCUUCGAAUCAUCGACAUUAGUACGCCGCCCAGCAACAGAAGUCAGAAAUCUGAAGUAAUGCGAUUACUAAGGCAACUUGCUGACUUCCAACAGUCACAGACAGGUCACACAGUUACUCCUGAACAAGACAGGGAGCAAGUGAAAGAAGCUGAACAGCCAGAAGGAAGUGAGUAUGCGUUGAAGAGUGAAAAGGCAUCAAUCGAGCAGCAGGUUCAUGAACAAUCUGAUCAACCUUUACCUGCACUGGGACGUCUCUCCAUUUCUGAUUUCUUGCGUCCAUUAUGGGUUGGUGGUACAUUGGAAUUGCUACGGAUUGGUAGCAGUGAUGGCUUGUCAUGCCACCAGACUGUUGACAGUGAGGGAGGGCAACUGAUUGCUGGCAGUGUCUGCAUGACUGUUCCACAGGGUGCUGUUGAAUCACCAACACAAUUCUCCAUUCACUCAUUCAUUCAUGAUAAGUAUAUGCCUCCCAUCUCUACUAGUGGCCACCAAGUGGCCAGUCCAGUUGUUUGUUUCGGUCCUCACGAUGUGUCAUUUAGCAAACCAAUCAAUGUGUGUAUCAAUGUCAUAGCUGAUGUGACUUUACCAGGCUGGUUGUUUACUCUGAUGAGAAGUGAAUCAUCUCUUGAUGAAACAGUGCGAAUAUGGCAUGGUGUGGUAGAGUAUUUUACUGAUACUCAAAAAGUGAAGUCACAUAUCCCAUUUAAUGCUAAGAGCUGGUCAUUUGAAGUGAGCAAGUCAAGGUUGUGGAAAUGGAUCGCUCGUUUCAUCAGGCACCCAACUAUUCCAUUCAGAAGAAAGAUGGGAUGUGUAGUUUUGGGUCGAUGUCUUAGUUAUUCUUCUUGCAAGUGGUCACUCUCGGUCCAUAUGUUCAAUUCCUACGAAGAAAUUGGGCAACAAAUUAUUAGGAGUCACCGAGCACAUGAAACGCUGCCUGCCGCUCAGCUGUGUCCCGUGACAGAAUUCAUAGUUCGCAAGGAAGGGCAUGUGGUCAUCACACCUCAACAUGGCUCAGAGUGGUCGUUGUGUCGAGGCAAUGCAAAAGUACAGUUUCCAACUGAAUAUCUAUGGAGUAAAGUAUUUAAUCAUGAUCACUGCUUCACAUUUGUGGUUAAAGCAGAUGGUUCUCACCCUGAUAGUCUAUAUAUUCCCAUUCACGUUGAGUACAUAAGACAAGACGAAGUGAAAUCUUACCAUACCCUGAAUGCAAUUUUCAAGAUUCCUAAAGCAAUUGAUCUAGCAAGUCCCAGUGUAUCUUCCAACUUUCCAUCUCAAUCAAAUGAGGAACAAGAACUGCUUUAUUUUUGCAGUAAUGAGGGUUUACAUUCUUCUGGUCUUGGAUCUUCAUCAACAGCUUCAAAAAGGAAUGGUGCUCCAUCACAAGGAUCACUAAUCAUGGAAUUUGCAAAUGUGCAUACAGUCAGGAAAUGUGUUGUCAAUCCCAACUGUAGUAGAGCUCAAGAGCAAACCACUUUGAAAAUUUCUCUUCCUGUUGGAAGUGAAGUUGAUCUAUCAACGGGUUGUACCCUUCGAUACAUAGAUCCUACCAAUCAGACAGUGACAAAAGUCCAUGGACAAAUUAUGGAUAGUCGUACAGUAGAGACGAUCACUCCUGCUUGGCCACGUGCUGAUAGAUUAGAGGUGAUUGUGUUGUCUUUUGAUGGUCACAGUCACUGGGCAAAUCUUGUACAUGACUUUGAUGACAUGCCUUCAGCAGAGUUGAAAAGUGACGAUUACAGCACUACAGCAGCAGCAAGCCAAGAAGCAAACAAGGCGUGUGAUAAAUUGGAUCUACUCUCAAUUGUAUCAGACAAGCAAGUUUUAAAGGUUGGCAAAGCUGUCAAAAGUUAUUGGCGUGACAUAGGCAUUCACCUUGGAGUGGUAAUGAAAGAAUUGUCUGACUGGGAAGAAAGUUACUCUCGAAAUGAAGAUCGUUUUAUGCGUGUCAUGGAGCUGUGGAGGAAACGCGUUAGGAAACCAAUGAUUGGAAUUCUUCUGGAAGCGUGCAGACAAGCAGGCGCUGGUGGAGCAGCAGAGAGAGCAUUGAAGAAUUAAGACACUACAUCAGAAGUAAAGUUGGAUAGCAUAGUAGUUACAGUGUGAGUUAAUGCAGGUGAUUAUGUGUCGUAGUCUGCUUCGUGUUAUAGUUUGUUUAGAUCUAGUCACAACGUAAAGACUUUUUGUUGCUAAAUUUGUAGCAACUUCAGUUCAUUCAAAAAGCAAAAGCAGAAAAGUGUACAAA